UUUCAGAAUGAAUUCGAUACAAAACUAUUACUCCACAAACUACACCACCUGCUCCAAAUGCGACACUUUUUUGUGCUCUUUGCAGGUUUUCACCACUCUUGGUUGUUCUCUCAGUGUUAUUGCAAUGCCCUUAUAUAUAUUAGGCGGGUACUGUAUUCUGCAAAAGUCCCCGUCACAGAUGGGCAAUUAUAAAGGCCCAUUGUUCAAUUUGCACUUUUGGUCAUGCUUUGUGGAUAUUUUGUAUAAUACGCUCAUUGCUCCAUAUCUUAUGUAUCCAGCUCUUGCUGGAAUACCAGGCGGCCUGUUUGAAAAGAUUGGGAUGCCUGUGGUAAUUCAACUGUGGAUUGGAAUAUUUUCAAUUAAUCAAAUGAUAAUGUCAAUAACAAUUUUAUUUGAAAAUCGCUACAACUCGAUCCCAUUCAACAAACAUAAAAUAUCUGGAAAAUUACUCAAGUUCGUCUAUUACACAGUUCGCGUGAUAAUCUGUGUCUUCUUUUCUUCCAUUCUAUUCCUAUAUCUACCCGAGAACCAAGAAGCCGCACUUCUUGAAAUACUUACUAAAAUUCCGUGCCCAACUGAGGAAUACUUCAAAAACACUGUAUUCGUGCUAGUUGUGGACAAAAACUAUAUUACUUUGCUUGGACGUAUCAUGAAUGUAUUUUUUGUAAUCGAAAUUCUUCAAAUUAAUUAUUUUGUUAUCUAUUGUAUUUAUAAUUUAUUCUUUUCGUCAAACAAAUUCACAUCGGCGAAGACUAAAAAGUUGCAAAUCUCCUUUUUCCGGAGUAUCGUAAUGCAAGUGAGCAUUCCAUUAUUGUUUCUGAUUCCAAUUUUUAUUAUUAUGACGACAUCAAUAGCAUUUGGAUAUUAUAAUCAGGCUCUAACCAACUAUACCAUAAUCCACGCGUCGCUUCAUGGAUUGCUGUCAACGUUCACCAUAUUGGCAAUUCAUAAGCCUUAUCGAGAUUUUAUUUUUUCAAAGUUCAGAAAACCCGCACUGGUGGAGGCAUCGAAACCUUCAGUAACCAGCAGAAGAAGCUUGAAUGUUUUUGCAACUGCAGUUAUUAGUUGAAUGAUUUAGGUUUUGUAAUAAAUUUUUAAUAAAGUUGUUU